ACAUGACCCCAGUGGACCAGCUGGAGCAACACUGAGCCCCCUCCAGCUGGAAGAGCCCACUUUACACUCCUAUCUGCAGCACUGUGAUUUGGAAAUGAAUGGGAAAGUGAAUCCUACUGCUGAGAAGAUCACUGCCUCCAAAAGUGCCAAUAUGGUGUCAAACCUGUCCCCAGAAGGCCAGCCUUACACCAGGGCGUCUCGUACUCCCAGGAGUUCUCUUCGAACGGCAGCUACGUUUGGGAAGCGCUCAAACUCCAUGCGCAGAAAUCCCAAAGCAGAGGUCAGCAAACAGGGAUGGCUGUACAAGCAGUUCUCUGAAGGCAACAGACUCGACCGUUGCAAUGGGCAGCAUUUCCUCAACAACAUACCUG